AUGGGCGAAGAGGAGAUGAAAUCUGAUAAUCCUGAGGAAUAUUUCAAUUUAGGCGAAGAAGAGCAGGAAAUGGAUGAGAAGGAUGAGGGCGAGGAGGAAAUGGAGGAGGAGGAGGAAAAGGAGGAACAGUGGGAAGAAGAAGAGCCCGAAUCCAAUAAUCUGGAAACUGCCGGACAUCUCUAUCCUACUCCACCGCCCGAUGAUGGGUCAAAAAUGGCCCCUCCCGAUUCCGGCAAAGGUAUGAAACCAAAAUCGACUGCCCCAAAUAUCAAGGAGUCGCGCAUAUCCCUAGCACUCAUGGCCAUCGGAAAGCUGACCAGUCGGUCGGGAUCAUCGGUUCCGGCUAUUAUGAAAUAUUUGAAAAGCAAUGGUCACGAGUGGAAGGAUGCUAAGAACGCCGCACGCGUUAUGUAUCGGGCCCUUAAAUUAGCCGUGAUCUCGGGCGAUGUGGUAAUGGUAAAGCGAUCAUUCAAACUUACCGAAAAGUACAAAAACUUCUCAAAGUCUGUGGGAAAAAUGGAGGCUAAAAAGCAGAAGGAGAAGGCCGAAAAGAAAUUAGUCAAGUCCAAGGAAAAUAAGGCUAAAAAGGAAAAGGCCAUAAAUCCAUCCGAGCGGAAAACGAAACAAGCCGGAAAGAAGAAGAAAGCCGAUGGCGAAACCAAGACAGCUCCUCCAAAGAAGAAAGCGGCCGCCGGCGAAAAGGCUUUGCAAACUUCCGAGCCCGCAGCAACGGGAUCGGGGAAAAGGCAAGCGAAGUCCAGCGUAAAGGAAGCAGCUGAAUCAUCCGAAGUGGGAAAGUCGAAAACCCGCAAAUCCAUUGGAACACUGGCACAGCCCAAGACGUCCAGACCCAAAGUCAAGGUGGUUGAAAGCCUCGUGACUGGGAAAAAAGCUCCCUCAGCAUCGGAAACUUCCAUGGCCGGUUUUUCUGAGGUUCAGGCCACCUCCACUCCCACUCCUCAAAGCCUCACGAAGGAAAAGCGCAAGCGCAAGGUCCAAUUUUUUAUUUAA